UCAACUAAUGCUUCGAAUAGAAAGAAGAUGAUUAAAUUGAAAGUGAUUUGAAAAUAAGAUUUCAAUUCUCAUCGUCCUGAUACGAGAAAGGAGACAAGUCGCGCUAAGGAAGAGGUGGAAGAUUGACAACAAGGAUUUGGGUUGAAUAUUCAUUCAUUGCGGUGUGAUGAUAGGAGCCUGUUGAAGCCGGUUAAUUCAGAAAUUCGCGGCUAUUUGCCGCCACACUCUCGCAAGUGUGUUUUUGUACUUCGCGCCCUACUUCAUCGUUUGACACAGAAUAUCGUGACGUGCUGUUGCUCGCCAUAACAUCGCUUGGUUGACGACAUUUCCGUGCCUAGUUCAUAAAAGCCAAAGCAAAGCCCGUAACGAAAGCGCUGCUGUGCUGAUAAAUAGUCGCGACUCGUCACUCGCGGUUUAUAUUAGCGACGAUGCUGCCUUCAUAAGUGUACUACUACAUAUACCAAGUGCUAAAGCCAGUUGUCUGUUGUGACUUGUGGUCGUAAAAAAAAUUGCUUUCGUGGCAGUGUAGCCAGAGCUUAUUGACAUUUCUAUCUAGCAGGUGGCUAGAUACGCAAAAUAUUUGUACCAACAUCCGUAGACAAAGUAUAAAAUCCCGAAAAAAUGAUGCAAUUUAUGCUGCUUUUCAGUCGUCAAGGCAAAUUGCGUUUACAAAAAUGGUAUGUUGCACAUCCAGAUAAACUGAAAAAAAAGAUUACUCGUGAACUGAUCACGACAAUACUUGCUAGAAAGCCAAAAAUGUCCAGCUUUCUUGAAUGGAAGGAUGUCAAGGUUGUUUACAAAAGAUAUGCAAGCUUAUACUUUUGCUGUGCGAUAGAGCAAAAUGACAAUGAGCUAUUAACUUUAGAAAUUAUUCAUCGUUAUGUAGAACUUUUGGAUAAAUACUUUGGAAGUGUUUGUGAAUUAGAUAUUAUAUUCAAUUUUGAAAAAGCAUACUUUAUUCUUGAUGAGCUGUUAGUCGGUGGUGAAAUCCAAGAAACUAGCAAGAAAAAUGUCCUCAAAGCCAUUGCAGCUCAAGAUCUUCUACAAGAGAAUAAAUGUGCUCAUGUUGAGGAUCCCGAGCCAGAAAAGUGGUAUUGAAUAAUUCAAACUCUCAGUGUUGUGAAUCAAGAAUGAAUUGAUAGUCCAUACCAAGUUGAAUAAAUUAAUGUUCCAAGUAAUGAACAAAUCAGAAGGUCAAGUUUCGAAAUUGUAAUCAUAGAGCAUAACAUUUAUUCAAUUUGAGAUGAAUAAUGGUUUCACGAACCAGGACUGCUGUGAUUUAACUCAAGUUUCAAUUAUAUAUUUAAAAACGCUUCAAUAAUAUUUGAAACUGUUGCUUGUUAAAUUUCUCAGUCCUGCGGACUCAAUUACUCAACCAAUUAUAUGACAAAUCCACAUCCCAUCUAAAAUCCAAGUUGUAUUUAUAUUUCUGGUAAAGGAUGAAGCUGUUGAAGGUGCUCUGCGAGAAAUAGGUCUGUUGUAAAAUGUUGAAUGAGUUUGAAACUACAAGAUUUUACAAUAUAUUACCAGCCAAAGAAAUCAUCAACUUGUAAUUCGUCAACACCAAUCAACUGUCGUCGUAACAACUCAGGAAUUGUGCACUUAGUUUGUACAUAUAACUUUAUAUGCGUCCAAAUGUUUACAUUUUAACGUACAUUUAUAGCACAUAUAUAAAUAUAUUUAACAAUUUGUGUAAUUAUUCAAAGGCGAUAAUUAAUUUAGUGAUAAGAGUAGCAUAUGACGAUUGUUCAUGAAAGUUAUUAAUUUCAUGUCAAAUUCCUUAUUCAGUUUUACUAUUCAAUAUUAAUUUAUAACAUUUUUUAUGCAGAUUUUUAUACAAUUUAUAACUUAGUUCCCUGCGAUUGCUUUUAUAUGUCUUAUAUACAUUAUUUUAAUUCUGGACCAAACUUACAAAGUUGUCGAAGGUAAUUUUAAUAAUUUUAAAUUGUGUAAGAAUCCGUUUAAAAACUAGCCAUUUGCUAUACUCCAAUUAACUUUUUCUUUGUCGAAAGUAGUCUUUCCUGCCAGAAUCUUCCUGAAGUGCCAUCAAACGUGAGAUUUUCUAGACUUCUUUUACUUUCGACUGUUUUUGGUCUAAGUAAAAAAAUUAAUUAAUCGAAAAGAAAAAAUUAAUUACAAAGUAGGUACAUUUUAGCUACAAUUCACAUAAAAUCCGUUGAAGACUUCAACAAAUUCUGGGUGGCAUCAACUUUGUUGAUAAGAAAAAUACCAAUAAAAAAUUCCUUGACUAAAUUAUAACUUGUCUUAUGCUGUGAAAAAACUUAAUUCCGAUACUUUAAUAAAAUAUAUUUUAUAAAAAAAGUCAAAAAAUGUAUUUACCAUUUCAUAUCAACAACAUGAAAUUUAGCUCGUAAUUUUAAUAAUAAAAAUUUUAUAUUAAUUUAUUGCAAUGAACAAAACUUUACUGUAAUAUAGUUCUUCGUCAAAUACAAUUCUAGCAAAAGCCUUUUCGUGAAUCAUGUACAUUAAAUUUUGAAAAAGAAAAUAAUUAUUGUAAUGUUUUAUAAAAGGCAAUCAAGGAUAUUGAUAGUAAUCUAAUAUAAAAUUGUCUAGGCAAUCAAUGUAACUUUUACAUGAAAAAAUUUUUUCAAAUACAUAUCACAGAAACACAAUUCUACGAUUUUAAUAAAGCAAUACUGAAAACUACAA